CAAUCAGUAAAAAAUUACUGCUCGAAAAGUUGUUGCAGAUAAUUUUUUUUUUUUUUUUAGAGAAAUAAUAAUCGAUAGAUUUAAUAAUAUAUAUUUAUCUUCAACUACUAAUACUAGUUUAACUCUUAAAAAGUUUUAAUUUUGUGCGUUAGAAUAUAUAUGCUUAAUGAAUCUGCUUGAUGUUUAAAUAAUAAAAGAUAUUUUCUUAAAUAAAUAAUGUACAAUAGUUAUUUUUUAAAAUAUUUUCGUUUUAACAAAUUUUUGCUUCAAUUUUGUGGUGUUUUACCUAUUUCGUCUUCUGGAUUUAUAAUCAAUGGUAUUUGUAUUUUAAUUCCAUUUUGCACUUCUUCAUUCUUGGUUCUUCCUGGUUUUUAUAACAUAAUUUUUCGUCGUGAAGACAUGGCUGUAAUGGGAGUCUUAAAUGUUUUUAGUGAAUUGUUAGAAACUUUAGUAGGGGCUAUAAAAGUGAUAAUACUAUUACCAAAAAGAAGAAAACUUGUCAGUCUUGUUAGACUGUGUAAUGAAUUAUGGGAAAAUAUAGAAAAUGAAAAAGAAGCUCAAACAGUAAAAUAUUAUGCGACAAUAGCAAUGUAUUUGACUUAUGGAUUUUUUAUAAAUGUAUUUUGUGCUCUAUUAGCUUUAGCGGUACAAUCUUUAUUUUCUCAAUUCGUUUACAACUCUAAUGGAACAAUGGUAUCGAGCAAAGAAUUGCCAUAUUCUAGUGGAAUAUUUCAUGAAAAUAUUCAAUGUUUUUAUAUUUGGUAUGCUCUUCAAAUUCCAGCUGGAUUGAUAAGUAUUAUUCCAGUAAUAGGAGUGGAUACUGCAGUUGCUUUUUUUGUUUUUCACGCUUGUGCCCAUUUUAAAUUAUUACAAUAUCGAAUGUCUAAACUGAAACAAUUAUAUGAAAAAAGUGUUCCAUCAAAAAGUACAUUUGCGGAAAUUGUCAAGAUUGUAAAACAACAUCAACGUAUUUUGAAUUAUUCUGCAGCAAUAGAAAAUAUCUUCAGUCCAGUUGUACUUUUGCAAACUGUUUUAAGCAUAGUAGCAAUUUGCGGAUUUGGAUUUAAUCUUCUAAUGGGAGGACAAGACACCGUGGCUUAUGGUGUCCAUUUAAUAGGAGCUGCUCUACAGCUACUUAUUUUUUGUUGGCCGCCAAAUAAUCUUCUUUUCGAAAGCAUGAAUAUAGGACUAUGCGCUUACGAUUUACCUUGGCAUAGCUGGACAAAAAAAGAAGGAAAAGUUGUAGAAAUCAUUAUUUCUAGAUCUCAAAAAGUUGCUUUUCUAUCAGCGGGAAAGUUUGCACAUAUGUCGCUGAAAACUUUUUCAUCUAUUUUGUCAUCAGCAUUUUCAUUCUUCACUCUUUUAAGAAAAAUAGUGUACUGACGAAGAAAUAAUUGCAACUUUUUUAUUAUUCAUCUAAUAUCAGGACCUAUAUUUUCGAUUUAUGUACUUUCGCCAGCAAAAAAUAAACGUAAUUGCUGCCUGAAUAUAUAUUGACAUCGAAUAUUCGCGAUCUAAAGAUAUAAUUUUUUAUCGUUUAACUAUAUACAUAUAUAGACAGGCUAUUUUAGUUAGACUUUAACCAUAUCAAUUGUCAUUUCUGCUUUUUCUCUUGUAUGGAAAUGGAUAAAAAUUAUUUCUUUAAGUAUUUUUAUUUUAAUAAAAUUUUAUUACAUUGUUGCGGUGUACUUCCCAUAGAAACAUGGGGUUCUAUAAUCAAUACCAUUACAAUAAUAUUGCCAUUUUGUUCUACAAGCUUUUUAGUUCUUCCUGUAUUUUACACAUUCUUUUUUCGGAAUUUAAAUUUUGAAACCGCUAUGACUAUUUUUUCUCUACUGGUGCAGGGAAUCGCUGCUGCUUUCAAAGGUUACUGUCAUGUUGCGUAUACUUGUUUUAAUCUGCGAUAUAGAUGCGGCAAUUUAAUUAAUUGUGUGCCAAAUAUUUUCAGCAUUAUUACUAUUGUCCAAAAGGAAACGAUUGAGAAAUUUAGUUUUCCUUUGCAAUAGUAUAUGGAAAAGUAUAAAGAACGAUGAAGAAGAAGCUCAAGUAGUGAAACA